AUGGUGGGCACGAUGCCGCGUGUCGAUACGACACGCCAAACUCCUACGGGCAAAGGAUAUCCUUUACGUGACUUGUUGAGUGUUCAUCCAAAGGUGGCGUCGUGGUUCCCGAACCUUUUCGUUGUAAACGAACGGGCCGCGUAUUAUGGCAAGUGGCAACACGGAUUCUUUGCUGUGGGUGUCGUGGGAGCCACGAAUGUUGGCAGCAUAAAAAUUCCAUUUGAUUUGGCAUUGGAGACGAACCAGCAAAAAUUCAAGCGCAACUCGUGGCUCGACUUGCGGUUCGAGUCGCCGGUGGAGCAGAGCAAAGGCUCCUACUUCGGCGAGUUCAACAUGGGCUCGACACUGGUGCUCAUUUUCGAAGCCCCGCGGGGC